CAGGAAGCAGUCCAAAGCCAAACUAGGCAAUUUCUAUGCUUAACGCGUUAUUUCCUACAUUGUUAGUUGAAAACCCGAUACAACUUUUGGGAGAAGAGCCUUUAAGUCUUUUAAACUAUCGCCAUCGUCUAUUAUAUGGAGGAAAGUAAAAAAAAGCGAAACAUGCUUUGAAUACAAAAGAAACAAACUUGGUCGCCUACCAACCCACAAAACUGAAAGUAAAAGUCCUCAGUCGGAGCCGCGUUGAAGAACAAAACGAAAAAUAGUGCGCUCCCGAGCAACAACCAACUUACUUACUAUUGUGCGCGGAAAAGUCCAAGAAAUAAGACAAACCAGUGUGUAGGGCAUUUCAAUGAAUCCGACAAGAAGUUGUUCACCUUGACUCUUGAGAAGCUGCUAGCUCUGCUGACUUCAUAGUUGUUAUACUGUUAUGUCUUUAUAGUGCAACCCAACACAACAAAAUUACCAAUGUGUAAAAGUUCAAUUCGGUAAUGAUAGGUACCACUGCCGGUUGCUGCUUUUGUUCUGAAUUUUGGAACAUAUUUUUCUCGAAAUUAUCUAAGAAUGCAAAAUGGCCUCAAUGAACGAAAGACGAAUAAGAGACGUGCGUGACCUAUGGAGCGUCAGCAGAGAGUCCGACAAAGAAAACCCUAGAGUAGUUCUGGAAACCAACGUCGAUAAUCGCACAAAGCAUAAAUAUAAAACGCUGGAAAGGCACCUGAGCAUGAAAAAAACGAUUAGGAAGAAAAUGAUGAGGGACUUGAGAGAAAUUGGCGACGCAACCACUCAAGAGAACCAAAGUCAGCAUACAGCGUUUUUGGAACAGAUCAAAAAUGAUCAACCUCCUCCGGAGAAUAUUGAGAAGCCUAGUUUGUGGAAGAGGCUUACCAAAGGGUGGGGUCAUUAGGGAUUUGUUAUGUUCUUCUAGUAAUUACAAACAAACCAAAGCUAGUUUUGAUCGAUCAAUUAUUGCUUUGAUGGGCUUGCAAUUGCUGCAGAAUUAUUUUGAAUGAAGGCUAGAGCUAGAAAAUGAGAAUGAUCAGGCUGUUCUAAUAAAUUUUAUUCCAGCGGCUUAAUGUAAAUUAUUCUUCUAUUCGUUUUUAUUAGAUGAUAAUUUUCACAAUUUAAUUUAUAUUAUAAUUGGUUAUUGUCGUGAUAUUUUGUAGCUUUUUCAAGCUUAUAGAGGUAGCUUUAAGUUUUAUGAUGCCUGUUCCUAAUACUGAUUUUGUAUGUUAUCUUAUGUAGCUUUUUUUAGUUUUUAGUCAAAUAUUAUUGUGUUCUUGGAAUAAUAUAAUUAAUUUUAAUUGGUAAAACUUAUGUGUGCCUUUCUCCAAAUUUUCCAUGAAUAGUUAUUUAAUAUUCUGUAGGCUAAAUAUCAAGUAUAAUUGUUGAAAUUGCAUAUUUCCAUAUUUGGCAAAAUCAAAAAAUACAUUUGUUGUAGGUCAACAACUAUAUGAAAAUAGUCACCUCCUACACUAAAAACCUUUUACACUCUUUUAAGAGGGUGUAAGAAAUGUUUUAAAAUUACAUGUUACAAUGUUACGGAUUUUUAUAAAUAAUUAUAGUUUAUGAGAACACCUUGAAUUUAUACAAUAAAUUUUUGCAAGAUUUUCAACAAAAAUAAAAUUUUAGUAAUAAUAAUUUCUUUAACUCAGCGUGUGUUUGUGAUUUACAUUUUUUUGUAUACAGUUGAAUGUAAAAAAACCUGUCCACGCUGAUUAUUCCUAUUGGUUACGGUUGGACGCUAUUUCAGAUAAAAACCAUUAUCUACUACUUAAUUGCUGAUAUUUUCUAAUCGGUGUAAUUGUCGAGUUACA